GGGGCUUCCGGCAGCGCGCGAGGUCACACGGUGCCUUGGCCCGGUCGUCCUUCCCUCUGCACGUGUCCGCCCCGCGAUGCUCCCUCUGCUGCGUUGCGUGCCCCGCGCCCUCGGCGCCGCCGCCUCCGGCCUCCGAACCGCCAUCCCGGCCCAGCCGCUUCGGCAUCUCCUGCAGCCCGCGCCCCGGCCAUGCCUCCGGCCCUUCGGUUUGCUCAGCGUACGGGCCGGCUCGGCUCGGCGCUCUGGCCUCCUGCAGCCCCCGGUUCCCUGCGCGUGCGGCUGUGGCGCUCUGCACACGGAAGGAGACAAGGCCUUCGUUGAAUUCUUGACUGAUGAAAUUAAGGAAGAAAAGAAGAUCCAGAAACACAAGUCCCUUCCCAAGAUGUCUGGAGAUUGGGAGCUGGAGGUGAACGGCACGGAGGCUAAAUUAUUGCGCAAAGUUGCCGGAGAAAAGAUCACGGUCACUUUCAACAUCAACAACAGCAUCCCUCCAACAUUUGAUGGUGAGGAGGAGCCCUCACAGGGGCAGAAGGCUGAAGAACAGGAGCCAGAACUGACAUCAACUCCCAACUUUGUGGUUGAAGUUACCAAGACUGAUGGCAAGAAGACCCUUGUACUGGACUGUCACUAUCCUGAGGAUGAGAUUGGACACGAAGAUGAGGCCGAGAGUGAUAUUUUCUCUAUCAAGGAAGUUAGCUUUCAGGCCACUGGUGACUCUGAGUGGAGGGAUACAAACUAUACACUCAACACAGAUUCCCUGGACUGGGCCUUGUAUGACCACCUAAUGGAUUUCCUUGCGGACCGAGGGGUGGAUAACACUUUUGCGGAUGAGUUGGUGGAGCUCAGCACAGCCCUGGAGCACCAGGAAUAUAUCACCUUUCUUGAGGACCUCAAAAGCUUUGUCAAGAACCAGUAGAACUCAGAGACUGCGGGCCUUAAUUUAAAUGGCAAGCUUUGGCCAGUGAACAAAAGCUCCCUUGGCAUCAGAAUUAUGCUUCAAAAAUGGCUGUCAUCCUAAUAUAUCGGGGGGAAGCAAGUUUAAAUUACUGCUGUUACACCUCCAUUCGCUAUUCCUUUGGGCUUUUUUUCUCUGUACAAAUUUAUUAUUUGUAGAUUUUUGUAUAACAUGAUGAUGGACAAUAAAUCUGACUCCAAUAAAUCUCCA